AAAGUGAAGACAAUGUCUGGAAAUAUCAGUAAAGAACAGAAACUAUUGGAUCUAAUAGAGAGAAGUGGAUUCAAUAUAGUCCAGGAAAAUGGUCAGCGAGUGUUUGGUCCGCCUCCCGAUUGGCCAUCUAAUCAACCGCCGCCACAAAAGGGAUGCGAAGUGUUUGUCGGGAAAAUCCCGCGCGACUGCUAUGAGGAUGAAUUGGUUCCUCUUCUGACCCGAAUCGGACCAAUCUAUCAGUUGAGACUAAUGAUGGACUUCAGUGGCACUAAUAGAGGCUAUGCUUUUGCCACUUAUAUCAAUCAAAGCGAUGCCAACAAAGCAAUCAAACAAUUAAACAAUAUUGAGAUCCGGGAAAACAAACGCAUUGGUGUUGUCCAAAGUCUCGAUAACUGCCGUCUCUUUAUUGGUAACAUUCCGCUCAAUAAAACACGUCAGGAUGUGAUGCAAGAGUUAUCCAAAGAGACCGAUGGAGUGGUCAAUGCUAUUGUGUAUAAUAAUUACAACAAAGUAGAGAAACAAUACAAGAAUAGAGGCUUUGCUUUUGUUGAGUACAAAACUCAUCGUGACGCUGCGAUGGCCAGACGCAAACUAUUACCUGGAAAAAUUAAACUUUUUGAUUGUGAAAUAAGCGUUGAUUGGGCGGUCCCUGAGACCAAUGUUGACGAAGAAAUUAUGUCAAAAGUUAUGGUGUUAUUUGUACGCCAUUUAAGCAUCGAAUGCAGUGAAGAUAUGAUCAAAAAUGUGUUUUCAUUGAAAGGCAGUCAAAAAGUUAAUGUCCAGAAAGUGAAGAAAAUCAAGAACUAUGCGUUUGUCCAUUACUUUACUCGAGAAGAUGCAGAAAUGUCUUUGAAAAGCUUAACUCAAAGUGAUUUACGAGCCACUGGUCUAACAGAUGAGGGCCAACAACUUGAGAUCACUUGGGCUAAGCCUCCAAAUGCGGCCAAUACUUUUCAAAGACGAAAAAAACGUUACUAUGGGUUAGGAAAUAGUGGCGGCGAUGGCAUUAAUACAAAGACUUAUUCACCCAAUACCGGUGCUCUAAUGAAUACAAUGGCUUCACAAUUUGAUUACAACACUAACAAACAAUUUACACCAAAUAUUUACUCCAGUCUAAUGAGCGGUGAUUCAAACAAUUGGACGAUUCGUAACAGUAGUCCUUCCAUUGCAAUGACUGGUUUAAGAAUGAAUGGUAGGAACAGUAUCAAUAUGGCCAACACUAACCCAAACAGUAAUCACACUCCCAUUUGGUAUCCAAUUGAGAGACAAUAUCCAUGGCUGCCUCCAAUUGGUGUCGUACGCUCUCCACAAACCAUUGGCGUAUUUCGUUCCCCUCAACCAUAUAAUGUGUUUCAUUAAUUUGAUAUCAUUAUCUACUUAUUUCU